AUGUUCCAGCUGCCCAUCCUCAAUUUCAGCCCGCAGCAGGUGGCGGGGGUAUGCGAGACCCUGGAAGAGAGCGGCGACAUUGAGCGCCUGGGUCGCUUCCUCUGGUCGCUGCCCGUGGCCCCCGCGGCAUGCGAGGCCCUGAACAAGAACGAGUCGGUGCUGAGAGCCCGGGCCAUCGUGGCCUUUCACACGGGGAACUACCGGGAGCUCUACCACAUCCUGGAGAACCACAAGUUCACCAAGGAGUCCCACGCCAAACUGCAAGCCCUCUGGCUGGAAGCGCACUACCAGGAGGCGGAGAAGCUGCGGGGCCGACCCCUGGGGCCGGUGGACAAGUACCGGGUGAGGAAGAAGUUCCCGCUGCCCCGCACCAUCUGGGACGGCGAGCAGAAGACACACUGCUUCAAGGAGCGGACGAGGCACUUGCUGCGGGAGUGGUACCUGCAGGACCCUUACCCCAACCCCAGCAAAAAGCGGGAACUGGCUCAGGCCACGGGACUUACCCCCACGCAAGUGGGCAACUGGUUCAAAAACCGCAGGCAAAGGGACAGGGCAGCAGCCGCUAAGAACAGGCUACAGCAGCAGGUCCUAACGCAGGGCUCUGUGCGCUCGCUGCAAGCGGAGGAGGAGAGCGGCGGCGAGGCGGUGGGGGCCGCCUCCAGCCCCGCAGCCAGCCUCUCCAGCAAAGCGGCCACCUCCGCUAUCUCCAUCACGUCCAGCGACAGUGAAUGUGACAUCUGA